AUGUCGAUCCAGAGACCAAACCAAAUGAGUCGACUUAUAUGUGGUCCUCAACUCAUAUUAAGCCAUAUUUGUGUCCAAAUGUUGAAGAUUAUAAUCUUAUGUUUGAUGGCGCCGUCGGUUUAUGUGUCGCCACAAUUCACGCCAAUUCAAGACUACACUCAUUCCCAUCACAAUCAUAGCCAAAACGAGAUAAUACUACAAGUGAUUGAUCGGAUCAGUCGGGGGUAUGAGUGCACAGACAUCAAGAGACAGGUAGUGCUGAAUGAAGAGACGUUG